AUGGAAGAAUACAUCCAGGACUCCCUGGCUGUCAGACAUAUCAGGUCUUCCUCUCCGGUGGGAGCUGGGUUUUUCUUUGUCAAGAAGGAUGGGUCACUGAGGCCAUGCAAAGACUUCCACAGCUUGUCGGCUCCUGUCAAUGUGACCAUCAAGGCUCUGAAGGCCAACUCUGCCGUGGUGACAUGGGACAUCCCCGAGGGGGACCCCGUCAUCGGCUUCACCAUCACACAGCAGAAAAAGGAUGUGCGCAUGCUACGCUUCAUCCAGGAAGUGAACACCACCACCCGCUCCUGUGCAUUAUGGGACUUGUCGGAGGAGACCGACUACAUUGUGCACGUGCAGUCCAUCAGCAUGAGUGGGCCCAUGAGUCCGCACAGCGAACCCCUGCGCUUCCGGACACCCAAGGAGGCCGAGACACAGGCCUCCAAGAGUAAAGACGAGGUGACCAUGGAGGAAGUGGGAGCUCAGCUGAGGGCGGGGGAGUUCAUCAUUAUCGUGGUGGUGCUGAUCAUGUGGGCAGGUGUGAUUGCUCUCUUCUGCCGUCAGUAUGACAUCAUCAAAGACAACGAGCCAAACAACAACAAGGACAAAGCCAAGACCUCAUCAGAGUGCAGUACUCCGGAGCACCCAACGGGGGGGCUGUUGCGCAGUAAGUUCCCCAAGAACAAUAACAACAACAACCGUACGCCAUCUGUGAACAUCAUCGAGCUGUGAUGACUAGGACCCUCUCUAAUCCAAAGGACUGAGUGUCUUCUGAACAGAGCAACCAAAAUGCCCGUUAUGCCCAUCUGCUUGUUAGGGUGAGGCUGGGACUGUGGGCGCGCCCCCUUGGCCGUGCCCAGCCCUUUGGCAUGGGGCUUGGAUGUGAACUGGGCCCCCAGGACUCCAGGGGUUAGGCCUCAAAGGAGAGGCUCUAGGUGUGAUGGCAGGACUGUGGCUGUCACUGCUCUAAUCACUGCCACAGGGCCAAGGAGAUAAGGGCCAAAUGGAUUCAGCUAUAAGCUGAGAAACAGACAGGAGAUAUGAACAUGGCCAGGGGACUGCAGGUAACCAGGCCAUCUCUCUAUUAGCUUCAG